CCGCUGAGCUUCAAGAUAUAAAGCAACUUCAGAUUCCCCUCUAAAGACAAGACAAAUCAAAGGCUCGAAGCGAAAGCAGCUCUCUGAGCUCCGAACAUCUCUCCCUCCCUCCUUCCUUCCCAUCCACUCCCCCUCCCCUGCUCACAGUCCAGCCUCUGUCUAGGGAAGAGGCUCUCCGGCAGCCUUAGAUGAUUAUGGAUUUUCUGAGCGAGAAGUUUGCCCUGAAGAGCCAGCCGAGCAAGAACAGUGACUUUUACAUGGGAGCAGGAGGCACUUUGGAGCACGUUAUGGAAACCUUGGACAAUGAGUCCUUUUAUAGCAAAACGUCAGGCAGCAAAUGCGUGCAGGCCUUCAACCCUCUGCAAAGGGCUGAGCAUCAUGUGAGGCUGGACAGGACAUCGCCCUGCCAGGACAACAACGUGAACUAUGGGAUUACCAAAGUGGAAGGACAGCCUCUUCACACGGAGCUGAACAGGCCUUUGGACAACUGUAACAACCUGAGGAUGUCUCCGGUGAAGGGGAUGCAGGAGAAGGGGGAACUGGAUGAACUGGGUGAUAAGUGUGACAGCAAUGUCUCCAGCAGUAAAAAGAGGAGACACAGAACAACUUUCACCAGUUUGCAGUUGGAGGAGCUGGAAAAAGUCUUCCAGAAAACUCAUUACCCUGAUGUCUACGUGAGGGAGCAGCUAGCUCUGAGGACAGAGCUCACUGAGGCCAGAGUUCAGGUUUGGUUCCAGAAUAGGAGAGCAAAAUGGAGGAAAAGAGAACGCUAUGGGCAGAUCCAGCAAGCUAAGAGCCAUUAUGCUGCCACUUAUGAUAUAUCUGUUCUUCCAAGGACUGACAGCUAUCCUCAGAUUCAGAACAAUCUGUGGGCGGGGAACACGGCUAGUGGUUCUGUGGUUACUUCCUGCAUGAUACCACGAGAUACUUCCUCCUGUAUGACACCUUAUUCCCAUUCACCCCGGACAGAUUCUGGCUACACAGGCUUUUCAAACCACCAGAAUCAGUUCAGCCAUGUGCCCCUCAAUAAUUUUUUCACUGACUCCUUACUUUCUGGGGCAACCAAUGGACAUGCUUUUGAAACCAAGCCGGAAUUUGAAAGGAGAUCUUCCAGCAUUGCAGUUCUACGGAUGAAAGCCAAAGAGCAUGCUGCCAAUAUUUCUUGGGCUAUGUAAUAUAGCUGUACCCUUUCUUCAUAUCCUUUUUUAAAUAGUAAACUGAAAGCAUUUUUAUUUUCCAUAUUUAAAGGACACAACAAUAAGCUGCUGUGUGUGGAAUGCUAAAAAUCACAAUAUACGUGACGUCUGCUUACAAAAAUGCAAUAUUAUAUUUAACAAUAAAACUUAAGAAUAAACCAUAUAGAUUUACCAUGCAUCAAGUUCAACAAGCCCUGUUUGUUUUGGUUUUUAUAUAAAAAUAUGUUUUGUUGUACAAGUUGAUGAAAUAUGAUUAUAGAACCUGCAAAAAAGAAUAAACCAAUUAAGCAAAUAUGUCUACGCCAUUGGUUCUUAGCAAUUCUGUAUACAAAAUUAAUAUUUUUCAAUUUAAUACUUCAUAAUGGAAGAACUAUGUAAAGGAAAAUACAUUUCGUAUAUUAGAACUGUGAUGUAAAUCUCUAAGAACACCAUGCAGAGAAGGAAAUAUAUGAUCACUUAUGUUGUAGGUGGAAUUUGUAGACCUAACUUUCUCAGUACUGUGCUGCGGCUCUGAGCCAGCUUGCUGCUUUUCUAAAUGCAUGUAGAACUCACUGGAGCUGUAGCAAUGCACAACUAACAUAAUGAGAAUAGAAGGUAGUCCUUCAUUUUAUGAACUCGAGUGUAUUCCUAUUACAGAUCAUGAGAUUUUUAAUAAAGAUAUCACUAAAAGCAGAAUAAGUGUUUAAGAGAGUUUCAAAGAAGUGCACAGAUUGUGUAAAUUGACUAGAGUUUAAAUGAAAUAUUUAAGGUUUCAGAUAGAAUAUCUUGAAACUUACAGAACAGCAACAGCAAAAUCCCACAUCUGCUCCAUUCUCAUUGUUUUUUCUAUGCUGUGGUCAAACUGAAAAGGAAACAGUCCAACAAGCCUUUCCAAUUUCAGUCUAUGGCUGAUCUCAAAAUGUUAUAAUAGUAUAUUUCAUUUAGUUUUACAGUUU